CCUUUCCUCCACUUUCUUCUUUUUCGUUCGCUUUGUUGGGGGCUUUCUCGUUUCUGGGUUUGGAUCUCUGGCGUUUCUUGGCGUCAUUUCUCCAUAAAUUUGCGAACUUUGACCUGUUUCAUUCCCCUGUGCUGUUUCUUGAGCUUAAAUUUGUUCUUUUUUUUCUAGUUUCUUGAGUAUUGAAUGGGACUGUGGCCAUCUAUUACCUUAAGCUGUCGGUAAUUCGUUUGUUUUUCUAGCAUUGGAAGUUACUUCGCAAUCCUCAUGAUGUCGGAUAACUCUGUCGGCGUGAGCAAUGUAAAGAAUUCGCGUUUCUUGGAUAGUGAUUUGCUCAAAUUUGUAGGAUCUUGCUGUGAUUCAGUCUCACAAGAGUCCAAAAGCCGACUUUAACGGCCGUGCACACGGAAGAUUCUGGUGUUAGGAGGAGAGAUGACGCUUUCUCGGGCUGUGAUGCGAUCCUUGAGUAAUGGCUUACCGCGGCAAUUCCAUCGUCCCCAUUUAGCUAGAACCCUCUCGGUGAAUGCGUCAGGUCAUAACAGUAAUGACAAAGAAAGUUCUAAUUCAUCCGAGCCUGCUGAUGAAUUUGAGCGGCGGAUAUUUGGUGGCUUUUCUGGAAGUGAUUCAAAAACUGAUGCUUUUUUCCAGAAGUUUGACAGAAUUGACAAGGCCAGAUAUGGUUCGAGACUGAAUGGUGAAGAUAAUAGCUUCCGGAUGUUUGAUGGCUUACAAGAUAGUUUAAAUACAUUAUCAGAUGGUAUGGAUGGGAGAUUGAAGAAAGAAGCCAUGUACUUCAAGUUCGAUUGGGACGAAGUAGAACAAGAAGAUUAUUCAUUUAGACCUGAUAUGAAAUUUUUUCCGGGAAUGAAAUAUGAUAUAAAGGAUCUCGAUCUUAAGAAACCAGGAGUGCGCAAGUUCACCAAAAGACGGGAAUUUGAAGUUACUACAGCGGAAGUGCUGAGAAAAGCUGAUUUCAGGAAUGUGAGGUUCCUUGCAAAUUUCAUAACUCCUGCUGGAAUAAUAAUCAAGAGGAGCUCGACUCGCAUCAGUGCCAAGGCACGGAGGAAGGUUGCGAGGGAGAUCAAAACCGCUCGAGCUUUCGGCCUCAUGCCUUUCACGACGAUGGGAACGAAAUCCUUCGUCUUUGGAAAAACAAUGGAGAAUCUUGACGAGGAUUACGAGUACGAGGCCUUUGAGGGGAUGGGUGGUGACAUGGAAUGAGUGACGCGAUCCCGAUGCCACCGAGGUUUUUGUGAGGAUUGUCCAUUCGACUUUUCGAUCUCAUCCUGGCAUGCUCCUUUGACUUCCCUUUCUUUCUGUACUUUCCAAUUUUGGGCAAGGUCAUAGCGUUAAAUCAGAGCAGAGCAGAGCCAUGUAGAGGUUUCUGAUGUUGGAUAAAACUAGGCACAAAGAGCCAGAGUUACUAAAGAAACUAAGCUCACUGUGCUGGUACUGGAACUUUUUUUUUAAGUGUUUUGCUUGUUAAAGAUGCAUUGUCGUAAUCAGUUAUCACAUUCAAGAAAGAGAACGAGACUCGGGUGGA